GCAUGUCAAUGAAAGUACGCCAUGUUGGUUACCAAAUUCAAACCUAAUUCAUUGCUUCAUGAAUCCCCGUUCGCUUCGUUUGUCGUGAAUGGGUUAUUUUAUUUCAAAAUGUUCAUUUUACUACCAAUACAUUUUAAUUCGAUCAGUCGUUAGCUCGAGAGUUUCAAAACAGUGAAAUAAGAGGGACUACAAAAUUAUUGAGGAUCUAUUGCUGUUCAUCUUUUCCGAGAUUUCCCACCGAUCUUUCAUAAUACCGUUUUAUUUUUGGCGGUGUUCAAAGAGGAUCUAACAAUUAUGUCCACAUAUUUAUAUCAGUUAGUUGCUGAUUUUAUAGUUUUUAAAUUAAUUGAUUCCUUUGCAAAGUCAGCUAUUCAUGACGCUACGAAUGAUAGUGAGAAGAGAAGAAUUUGGUUCUAUGAAUCUGGCUUUCUCGCUGCUGUGUCGUUCCCAAUCUACUUGUUGGAUCAUACUCCUUACUUGCUGUGGCUUCUCACUGUUUGCACCUUCCUUUUCACCCAGUUGAUUGGACAACUUCAUUUACUUUACUGGUGGAAUCUUCUUAAAACAAGAUGGGAUGAACACUUGCAACAUCAGGAAAGUUUACAGAGACUGCAAAAUAAUUCUACCAUUUCUGUUCCUUCAAUGCCAGCAUCACCUUCACCAGCUGUUACCAAUCGUGGAGUUUCUGGGAUUAGCCAACCUUAUUCUGGUCAUCAAAUGGUACCACAACAACCUUCAGUAAGCAACUAUGAUCAUCUGCUCCCAAACACUUCUGCAGUCAUUUCACAAUAUGGACAUAAAUCAAUGAACCUUAGUAGUCAGCAAGCUGCCUAUUUAGGACCUCACUAUUCUGAUAACCACUUUCUCCCUCAACAAAAACAUUUGUUCCUUCAUUCUAAUCAGUCCUGUGGCAGUCCUUCAGUAUAUUUUCCUGAAAAUAUAACUGUAUGUUCCAACACCAUUACUCAAAAUACUGUAGGGACACUCUGGCCUCACAAUAUGAGACGGCGACCUCUACGGCCCAGUGUCUUAAGAAGUGCGUCUCCAUUUCCUCUUGUUUCCACUUCUCAGCAUGACACCAAAACUGUAAGGGAAAUUUCAUUUAAAGACAAGCUGCUCUCUUCCUUUGGUUUUACACCAAAAAGUCCACCUGGUCUGGAAAAUGAUGGCCAGAAUUUGUGUUUUAUGAAUUGUAUUUUGCAAUGCUUAGCCAGAAGCCCGCACUUGGUUAGUCAACUGUUGAUGGUUAACAUAGAGACUAUUCCAAAUGUAAAUAAGGAAGAAAAGCAGUUUCUUUCUGAAUUUAUCAAAAUAUUAAAUAAAUGCUCUGCUGAAUCACAGACAAGAAUGUCUGUAUUGGACACAGAGCCUUUAAAAUUAGCCUCUCAAAUGAUGAAGUGUAGUUUACUGAAUGAACAUACGCAACAAGAUGCAGCUGAAUUUCUUAUGUGGCUCCUAACAACAACUCACAACAUCUUAAACAAAAUUCAUCUCAACAAAGUCUAUGGGGAAAGCAAGAUGAAUUCAAGACCAGUAAACCAGAAUGAUUCUUAUACUGAAUUAAAUGUGGAAAAUAUUCAAAAGUUAAAAGUUGCCUACAAAGAAAAGAUUGACAAGCUAAAUAGCUUUGAUAACGAAGCUUAUGCAGAGUUGGCUCAGCAUUUAUCUGAUCUAGAUUGGUACGCUUACAAAAAUGAAAAUUCUUCCAUCAUAGACAACCUUUUCACUGGUCAGUUACUAGAAGCAUAUAAUUGUAGCCGGAAAGGACAUCUAUCAAUUCAGCCACAGACAUUCGCUGUUUUACCAAUCCCACUUGGAGAAUCAUUAUCAGAAUCUAAUAUAUAUCUUGAAGAUUGCUUCACCAUCUUUAGUAGUGUAGAACAACUUCCUGGUCAAGUGUGUUCUCGGUGUACUAAAGUUAAUCCUGUUGACCAUUCAGCUCCUUCUGUAAUGUCUCCUCUAUCAUACAUCCCUCCUUGUGUAAACAUCCAGACACUUCCUGCAUUUCACAUGGCUCCAUAUAUGUCUCCCAUUGUCAGCAACAAAACAGACGACACCUUGACACCUCAUAGUAUUCGGACUUCAACUCCACGUUUCUAUGCAGGGGCAUGUGAUGGAAUGAUACGAGAAAAACAGACCAUCGAUCGACGUUGUCUUCUUCACCAACUUCCAGAAUGCCUUAUUAUUCAGCUAUUGCGCUUCACAUUUGACUCAAAGACUAAAAAUGCUAAAAAGAUAACAACCCCUGUUAAUAUUACUCUUUUGGGUUUGGACUUGAAAGACAUAGUGUUCAACUUAAAAUCAACUAGUAAGAGUAGCUGCAAUACACUAGAUCCUACUUACAAAUACAAUUUGUAUGCUAUGUGUGUUCAUUUAAGCUCUUGUGGCACUAGCAGUGGUCACUACAUUUGCUAUUGUCUGGACAGUAAUGGAAAGUGGUAUAAAUUUGAUGAUGACAAUGUAACUGAAGUCGAUAUGCAGUAUGAGUUGUCAACUCGGACACUUAAUGAGAAUGCAUAUCUAUUAUUUUAUAAGAAAGCCAGCUGAAUGAAAGAUUUUGCAAGGUUUUAUUUGCUUUUAUCUUGGUUUAUUGUUCCUUGAAAUGAGUGUACAGUUGAUUUUAUGAAGUGUUCCCAUUUCAAAUCUGAAAAGAGAAAUCUGUGUCUCCUUAUUUCAUUCUAUUUUUGUGCAGUUGUGUUUUUCAUACCAUGAUAUCUGAACAUUUUAAAAUUUUUUUAUUAGCUCCAUAAUUUUCAAAUAUCUUGAUAUUUUGAUGCAAAGAAGGAAGAAAGGAAAAAAAAAAGAGAGUAAAGGUAAAACUAUAAAAGUAGUUAAGCUUUCUAUUUCUAAAAUAAAACAAGGGAAUACUAUUGCCUCCUAUUAUUUACAAAUAUUAACUGGAUUGUUUAAAAAAGAUUCUGGGUAUUAUUUAUCUUUCAGAAAUAUUGGGGAAAUUAACAGGAUUUCAGUGAUUUCUUGGUAAUUAUAGAGGAAUAUAUAAAGCCUUAAUUCAUACUAUAAAAUGUGUAUGUGCUUUUCCUGUUCUGAGGAAGAUUAAAGAUUACAGAAAUCUAAUGGGUGUUUGAAUAGGAAAAUGUGGAGAUAGGCUGUUUAGCAAAGAAAUAGGGAACUGUCCAGUUUUUAAUCUAAGUUUUUUGCGAAUUUUAAUCAAGAAUAAAGUUUUAGAGUGUAAGGGUUUAGGAACAAGAUCCUGUUUAUCAUGUUUUAUUGAUGUUUAAAUCAUAUCAAGGUAUAAAAAUUGCCCACAAAGAUAUAUUUCCAUGGUCAUUUCAAUUUUAGUUUAAAUAACUAAACAAAGAGUAUUGGUUACCUUUCGUAUUGAAAAGAGAUAUUUUUUUUUUAGUUUUAAAAACAAUAGUAUUUUUAACUGUUAUGCUAAUAACAAACUGAUAUAAAUGUAAUUAUUUUGGAGAAAAUAAUUAGAUGUAAAAUUUCAUAUAGAAACUCUUCUAAUUUUCAUGAAACUAUUUGGUUAUUAUUAUUAUAGAAAAGUUGUGUGAAUUUAGAAUUAUCUUUUAAAGUGAAACAGAGCCAUACAUAGACAUGAAGUUAGAGAAAAGUCAAGAAUCUUCUGAAGAAAAUGUAUUCAAAAGGAGCAGCUUUUCACAUGGUCAGCUCUAUUUGGCCAAUGAAAUGCAGUGGACAAUAAUUUCUUAAAUUGGAACUAAAUUACAAAUUUCAAGGGGAACAAUAUAAUCAUUCCUGCUAUUAAUUUAUUGACCUGAGAAGGAUGCAAUUUUUGUUGUAAAAUACAACAAUUCCACAGUACAAGAAACAAAAUAAAAAUGUUUUAAGCCAUUUAGACUGUCAGUUGACCAUUUUACCAUCUUG